AUGGAUGUGUUUGGUGCCGUGUUCUUGUCCUUGGGCUGGCUGAUGCUGCAUUUGGCUAAUGGUGCACUGGACUACAUCUCUCAGGGUCAGGGGUUGCAACUGCAGGGCGACUUCAUCCUCGCUGGGCUCUUUCCUCUCCACUAUGAACCUGGAUCAACGAGUAGUUUGCCUGAUUUGGUUGAUUGCAAUCGAGGUAAAGCCAACCAACACGGAUAUCACCUGAUGCAAGCAAUGAGAUUUGCUGUGGAAGAGAUCAACAACAGCACCGGGCCACAGUCUCUUUUACCAGGAGUGAAGCUGGGCUAUCAGAUGUACGAUGGCUGCUCCAAAUCUGCUGCUGUCCUGGCUGCAGUGGACUUGCUGGAGCACUGGGGCCCCUUAACAUCUGGGACACAGAGAGACAAAGAGUCAAACUUCACCCACAGCGAUCAGAGAGGAGUGGCUUUGAUUGGGCCAGACAGCAGCAGCAAAACGCUCACCCCCGCUGUUUUACUGGGGUCCUAUCUUAUACCACAAAUCUCUUAUGAAUCAUCAAAUGAAAAGCUGAGCAACAAGUUCAUCUAUCCAUCCUUUUUCCGCACGAUUCCCAGUGAUAAGAACCAGGUGGCAGCCAUGAUCCAGCUUCUGCUUCGUUUCAACUGGACCUGGGUUGCCGUCCUAAGCAGUGACAAUGCCUAUGGCCUGGAUGGAAUGCAAAGCCUAGCCACGCAGGCACCAGACUCCGGCAUCUGCGUCGCCUACCAAGGAAUCAUCCCAGCUUACUCAGAUGACAAUAAACAGAAGAUGAGGGACAUCGUGCACAAUUUGCUGAAGACCAAAGUCAACACUAUUGUGGUCUUCUCCAAUAGGGUGGAAUUCAGUUAUCUAGUCCCAUUCAUCAUUGAGGAGAAGAUGACAGAUAAGGUAUGGAUCGGGUCAGAGGAUUGGUCAGCAUCUUCUCUUAUAUCAAGCAUACCUGGGGUCCAAAGCAUCGGCACUGUGCUUGGCGUGUCCAUCAAAUAUUCAAACAUAUCUGGCUUUCAGGAGUUUGAGGCGAAGGUGUUGGAGGAUGCAAUGGAUCAGGACGUCUCUAAUGUUAACACCAACUCAGACAAUGACUGCUUACAGAGCACAGAUGUGUACAGCCUCGCCAGGAUGGACUUUCCUCUGGAGAAACACGACGUCACCUCCUCUGCCAAUGUUUAUAAGGCGACGUAUGCUCUAGCUCAUGCCCUGCACCAGGCACUUGGCUGUGAUUCGGGAGCGUGCCAGAGGAGGAGGGUGUAUCCGUGGGAGCUCCUCUCGUGGCUCAAGCAGGUGCAGUUCACUUUUCAAAACACCUCUGUCUAUUUCGAUGCCAACGGUGACCCUCCCACUGGAUAUGACAUCGUUUGCUGGAUUUGGAGGGGGCCCAACUGGUCUGUCAGAGAGGUGGGCUCUUUUAGCCCGAAUCCCAUUUCUCUCACGAUCAAUGUCGAUCUAAUCGAGUGGCACAACUCAGGAGAGUCAAGUCAAGUGCCACAGUCCAUCUGCUCCCCGCCUUGCCCAAGUGGACACAGGAAGCUGCUGACAGGCCAACACACUUGCUGCUUCGACUGCCUGCCCUGUCCUGCUGCUACGUUCCUUAAUCUGAGCGAUCCCACUACAUGCCAGCAGUGUCUGUCAGAGGAGUGGGCUCCCCCGAGCAGCGUUCAGUGUCUGAAAAGGACCGUCCUGCUGCUGGCCUGGGACGACCCCCUCGCCAUCGCUCUGCUCUUCUUUCUGGCCAGCUGUCUUCUCAUGACCUCCAGCUCUGCAGUAAUCCUCCUGCUCAACCUGAACACACCAGUGGCCAAGUCCGCCGGAGGCCGCACCUGCCUCCUGAUGCUGGCAGCCCUGACUGCUGCUGCCAUGAGCUCUUUGUGCCAUUUUGGCCAGCCGUCGCCUCUGGCCUGCAUCCUCAAGCAGCCACUGUUCAUGUUCAGCUUCACUGUGUGCCUGGCCUGCAUCACUGUGCGCUCCCUCCAGGUCGUCUGCAUUUUUAAAUUUGCGUCCAAGCUGCCGCCAGCCUAUGACAAGUGGGCCAAGAAAAAUGGGCCAGAGAUCACCAUUUUCCUUGUGUCUGCCACCCUCUUGGUUAUAUCUGUGCUCCGUGUGGCCCUCGACCCUCCUAAGCCCAGCCAGGAUCUCGACUUCUACCACGACAGCAUCGUGCUGGAGUGCAGUAACACCCUCUCACCUGGUUCAGCUAUUGAGCUCGGCUAUGUAGCACUGCUCAGCAUCCUCUGCUUCUCUUUCAGCUACAUGGGCAAAGACCUGCCAGCCAACUACAACGAGGCCAAGAGUAUCACCUUCAGCCUCAUGGUGUACAUGAUCUCCUGGAUGAGCUUCUUCACUCUCUAUCUCAUCAGCAGGGGCCCCUUCACCAUAGCUGCAUACGUGUUUGCCAUACUCUUCAGCGUCCUGGCCUUCUUCUGGGGCUACUUCCUGCCCAAAAUUUAUAUUAUUGUCUUGAAGCCGGAAAUGAACACGACUGCCCAUUUCCAGAAUUGCAUUCAGAUGUACACCAUGAGCCAGAAAUAA